AUAAUGGCAGCCAACGCUGUGUGGCAGGCCUGGGAAAAGGUCCAAGUGCAGUAUAAAUGGUCAAUGAACCAUGCAGAUGUUCGGGUGGCUGACUGGCCCCUGAUGUCAUCUCCAUGGCCCACACUUGCAAUUGUUGGCUCAUAUCUGUUGAUGGUCAAGCUUGGUCCUGAUCUCAUGCAGAAUAGAAAGCCUUUUGAGUUUCGACGCUUAUUGGUUUUUUACAACCUGGCAAUGAUGGUGCUCAACCUAUAUAUUGGAGUUGAGUUGGCUGUGGUAUCAUAUCAUUUGGGCUACAGCUGGUUCUGUCAGCCUGUUGACUACUCCAACAAGCCGUACCAAGUUAGGAUGGCUGCUGCUCUCUGGUGGUAUUAUAUAUCAAAGCUGGUUGAGUUCUGUGACACAAUCUUUUUCAUUCUUCGCAAGAAGAACAACCAACUGACUUUCCUGCACAUCUAUCAUCACUCAACCAUGUUUGCUUUGUGGUGGAUUGGAGUCAAAUUUGUUGCUGGAGGGUCGUCGUUCCUGGCGGCAAUGAUGAACAGCUUUGUGCACGUCAUCAUGUACUCGUACUACGGCCUUGCUGCGCUAGGUCCCCGCGUUCAGCGUUAUCUCUGGUGGAAGAAACACAUCACCUGCAUUCAGCUGAUUCAGUUCAGCAGUGCGGGGGUGCUGGGCAUCCGUGCUCUCAUUGUGGGCUGCAACUUCCCUCUCUGGAUGCAGUGGGCGCUUGUAGCUUACAUGCUCUCCUUCAUCAUACUCUUCGGACAAUUCUAUGUUGCCAGCUACCAAAAGAAGAAAACGCACAUGUUGAAUGGCGUUAAGAAGACCGAGGUGAACGGAGUAAAGAAGCAGAGCGCAAGAACCAGCCUGGACACUCGGGAGUCCGAGGCCAGUGCGAAUCAAGACGGACGCCUCAACGAUGCCCACCGCCGCGCUACCAACGGCGUGUCCACGCGUGCUCAGGCGCGGCGAGAACACAGGCCUAGGAAGGACAUGUAAACUGAUGAUUUUCUUGUGCUGCUUCUGAUAGACUGCCCUUGCAUUUGUAUGCGUUGACUGAUUGAAAAAUCUGACCUAUUACUAAUCUUACACCAGCAUCGUACUACCCGACCAUGAACUAACUUGAGUGUGUGCGUUUUCAGCGUCAAUUGAAGUGAGAGUGAAUGGAUGCUGUUGAUCAAUGCAGCAACUAGUAGAUAAUUCACAUUUUUAUCUACGGGCAAGUAACUUGUUAUAUAUGCGCAUGUUGGUGCUGCUUUCUACCGCUGAAUUGUGUACCACAGGCGAGAUGUUCAUGUGAUAGGACCUUAUUGAAAAAUGUUUUCAAUUUCUCGUUAACUAUAACAUUUGGCCUGAGGAAAUCUGCAUGCAAACUAUUUGUCGAUCAAUCAACGAUGAUUAAGUGUUGGAUGCCAGAACUCAGAAAACUUCACUUGGUCACAUCGCCAUUGAGAGGGUGAGGCCCAACACGCAUGUUUAUAUUAACAUUCCUUAAAUUAAACGGUGGCUCCUUUAUUAAGGUUGUUUGUGGCAUUUCUCGACAGAGUUCCUUAAAACCUGUCUAGUGUAGACUGAUUCAUAGAAGUUACGCGUCUCUACGUAUUUAAUAAUGUUUGUCUCCAGAAUCUUGGCUGCAGUGUUCUGAUGAGUUUGAUCGUUAAUGCAAUUGACAUAGAUUAAGAAGAACAGGCUUUCUCACCGACGAAGUGCGCUGGUAUUUCUCAUGUUCUUACUUUUAAUUAUUUUUUAUAUUUAAUUUAAGUUGUUACUUUGUUCAGUUAAUUAUAAGAACUUGGACAUGUACUUCUGUCAUGCUGCGCAGAUAUUCUUGAAUCUCUGGAAAUCUGUAAUAUUCUAUGAUUUUAUUAUAUGCAUUGAGUUCUCAGUGGUGUCCUCAUGAUGAUACCAUUGAAAAGAUUGUCUCAAGGUGUAUGUGGUUGAACGUUAUUUAUAAAUUUGACAGUGAUUAAUCAUUUCUUUUGCUCGUCUCAAUGGUUAUGAUCAAUCGAAAUGAUUUUUUUUUCGAACUAAGUUCAUAAGUUGCUUUCAAAUUUGGAUAUUUACAUUCAUAUUGUUUCGUUUGUGCUGCUUGGGCUGUUCGUUAUGUUGAUGUCGUUUGUACUGCUGAUGACCUUCGGCUGUCAUCAACAUAACGUUACAAUUUUGCUCUAAAACUAGUCCGUGGGAAUCAAUGUCUCAACUUAGGGGAAUAAUAUUUGAAUGGACCCCUAUUCCCAGGACCCAAUUAGGUAUAAGUUUUACUGUUACUUUGGAUGCCUUCUUUUGAAAAGCACAAAUGAUCUGAUUCAUGUUCUCAUUUGCACUUAGUCUCAUUCAGCCAGUAUGCGAGAUGACGAAAAAGAAAAAUCGCUCAUAUUUUGCUAUCCUAUCGUUGUUUUUGUGAACAUUUCGGAAAGUCACAUUAGUGUCCUGACAGGGACAAUUGAUCUCGUAGGACAAUCUCGUAGCUACGAGGAAUGUUGGCUCAAUCAUCUAUUUUGUAACGUAACUUCUUGCUGUAGAGAUGGCAUCACGCUAAUGAGCUUAUUCAGGGGAGGGUAAAAAUUUUCGUGCAAUAUUUUAUUUAUUUUUUUUUUU